AUGCAUGCAGCUCUGGUAACAGACAGCAAAGAGACAGAAUUCAGUGGAACAGAUGAAUCUUCUGAGCCGUUGAUCUAUCGUUUAGCCAAUAUCGCAGAUUGCGAAUCCGUCUCACAAUUAGUCAAUGGUGCCUACCGUGGUGAAUCAUCACGUCAAGGUUGGACUACCGAAGACGAGUUUAUUGGAGGACAAAGAAUCGAUCCUGAUACGUUAAUGCAGAUGAUAAAUAGUGACAGUUCAGUCAUUUUGCUAUUUUUCGAUCGAGACUCAAAAGUUUUAAUUGGUUGCGUUUCGUUGCAAGAUACCACAACGGUUAAGAAUAUCCAUCUUGGUUGUUGCGUUCCUUUGCAACAUGAUACAAAAGUUAAAAGAGCUCAUCUUGGCAUGUUAACCGUACGUCCAGAUUUACAAACACGAGGCUACGGAAAAUUUAUUAUAUCAGUAGCUGAAAAUUUCGCUCACCAUCAUUGGCAUGCCCAAUUAAUUGAAAUGAGUGUCCUUGUCCAUCGAACUGAAUUAGUCGCUUAUUACAUACGUCGUGGUUAUAUUGACACUGGUCGACGUCAAUCACUUUCCGUGCAGGACACUCGAUUCGGUAUUCCAAAGAAAAAUGAUUUGGAAUAUUGUAUUUUGGCAAAAUCUCUCUAA